AUGUUCAGAAUUAUUAGAGAUCCGCUGUUAAGGAACACUAUCCGUAGGGCUUCUACGGACGCUACAAGUGAGAGCAUUGCUGCAGCAGCAAGACAAGCCAAAUUCGUUGUAAAGAAACCCUCAUCGAACCGGAAAUGGACCAAUGUGCUGAUCUUCGGUACAUGUUUCGGGAUAGGUUGGUUUACAACACAACAUCUGACACUUACUGAUAUCAUGGCAUGGUGGUUCUACGGGAAGUUACCGGAUACCGACUCCAAGCUAAUCGAUUACAGAGAUGAGUUAAACCAAAGAUGUGACAAUUUAUCGAUAGUGAAGCAGCUUCUCUCCAAGGGGUACGUUGCCGUGUACAAGCAGCCGGACGCAGACGCGACGAAUACGUUGAUUGACAAGACCUUGCGUGCCCCCGGUGCCAUCUGUAUACCACCAAGAAUCUAUUACAAUCCAACGACCAAGGAUACCGUGUCAGUGUACCAUUUAGGAAUGAAACUAACCGGGUAUCCGUUCUUGGUUCACGGUGGUAUACUAGCUACUGUUCUUGAAGACACUAUGAGAGACUCUGUAAAGCUAGUGACUGGCAAAUCAGCCGAAGUGACGCAACGGUUGAAGUUAAACUACUCUUUCCCCACAUUGGCCAACCAAUUCGUUGUCGUUAGAAGGACCAAAUGGGAGCAAAAGGGCAAGAACGACGUCGAAAUAGAAGCCGAGUUGUUGGACCAGUCGGGUAGAAGACCUCUAGUAAGAGGUAAAGCCAAUUUCAAGUUGAAUUAG